CCAAGUUUGGCCGUAUUGGUGCUCAAGGUGUUGGCUGCGUGCCCAAAACCCUCAGACAGACAUGCCAAACUACGACAGUGACUCCUCGGACUCUGGUGACGAUGACUAUUCCACCACAAAUGUCGUCCUAGGUUAUGCCAGUACCGAAUCCGCCGGCGACGACAUCAGCCAUCUUGGAGGAUAUCCCACGUGGCUAGACCCCAAGUCUCCCCCUCCAGCCUCUCUCGCCAAAUGCAAAGUAUGCAAUGGUUACAUGUCGCUGUUACUACAGUUGGACGCCAAUCUACAGAAAUUCUUCCCUCAUGACGAACGCAGGCUGCAUCUACUCUCCUGCAGAAAGAAAACCUGUUCUAAGAAGGCGGGCAGUAUUCGAGCUUUUCGAGAAGUGAGGAAACCAGCAUCCAGAGAAAAGAAACAGGUGGAUACAAAGCCCGUGGAGGCCCAACAACCGCAACCGCUGCCAGAUCUCGGGUCUGCAAUCUUUGGUGGCAGUAGCGGGACUGUUCCCCGACCAAAUAAUGCCAAUCCAUUCUCCUCGAGCGCUGCACCAUCAUCACAACCUGCCAACCCCUUCGCAUCCAUCGGUUCACCCUCAUCCCUCGCAUCUCUACCUCCUCAAAGACCUGUUCAAGACAUCCAACCCCCGACACAAUCCUUUGCAGAUAAAUUAAAGAUUGGAACGAAUCCAGAAAAGACCUCCACCCCAGAGCCCGUGACCGAACCGUGGCCUGAGAACUCGGAUUUUCCUUCUCCAUACUCUUCAUUCUACCUCGAUUCCAGUCUGGAAGAGCUCGAAAAGGAAGACACAUCUAAAAUUACAGAAGCCCAUACUUCAAAGACACAGUAUGAGGCAGAAGACGGUGCAGGUGGUAGUGGUAGUGGCCUCGAGAAAGAUACCUUCGAAUCCUCUCUCGACAAAACCUUUCAAAAAUUCUCCGAUCGAAUCGCACAGAAUCCUGAGCAAGUACUGCGGUAUGAGUUCAAGGGCGAGCCAUUACUCUAUUCAGGCAACGAUAACGUGUCAAGCCGAUUUGUAGUACCACAUGGGAAAUCCGGUGCGGUGAGGGGAAUGCCUCGAUGUGAAAGCUGUGGCUCACAGAGAGUGUUUGAGUUGCAACUGGUGCCAGGAUUGAUCUACGAGCUUGAGAAGGACGAGGCCAUGGAUCUAGAUGAUGGAAUGGAAUGGGGUACGAUCUUGCUAGGAACUUGUGUCAACAACUGCGGUGUUCCAGGCCAGGUUACGUUUCGAGAAGAGUGGGUUGGUGUGCAAUGGGAAGAACGAGUUGCUUCGAAAUGAUGCAUUGGAAAUGACCAGAGAAUAAGCACAAGAACGAGAACAAAUUUCCGAUCCAUAGCGUCAAGGAAUAACCAGAGCUUACGAAUGUGAACAAAGUACUGUACACCAUCCGACAUACAUAGAACAGACAGUGUCCAGCUGAAUGAAUAGUUCCACACAAAC